UGCAGAUUUGCCGCCAUCGCCGUUGAUUACCAGCCACCUUGUUUGAACACACCUCUAGCUAGAAUGUAGGGUGGCAUAGCGCUGGUAUCUAGAGAGGUGUUUUUGACUGCUACUACCUUUUCGUUUCUCUUAAUUAAGUAACUACGCCUACUUCUGAACUCGGUUUGAUUAGAAGUUGAUCCAGACCGUCUCCCAGAUGUAGUUCAUCUAGCGUGCGUUAACUUCACGGAACAGCCGCAUCUCUGUACUGAAUGCAAUGGAGUUGAGAACGAAGAAGCGGUUGACGUAUGUAGUCAUGAGCAUCUACUUCUUGCUGGGAGGUGCAGAGUUUGCUGUCAUUCUUCCCACUCUCUAUCCCUACGUCAAAAGUCUCCACGGAGACGAAUUUUUCUAUGGCGUCACUUUGGCCGCUUUUUGCAUAUCCAGUCUAUUUGCAAAUCCGGUGUUUGGUUACGUGGCCGACCGAAUGAAGAAAACCAAGUCGUUGGUGCUUGUAACGAAUAUGUUUCAAAUUGGAGGAAAUCUAAUGUAUUUUGUUGGGACGUCGAAGUAUAUGCUACUUUGUGGUAGACUCGUUACUGGAAUUGGAAUGGGUGGUGGGGUAGCAAUUUAUGCACAACUUGCAUGGAUGAGUACAGAGGAAGAACGAACUGCUGUGAUGUCAAUAACGAUGGCUUGCAAACAGUUUGGGAUUCUUGCUGGUCCAGCUUUGAAUAUAUUUCUGAGAGAGAUAAACUUCCAGAUCGGGCCAUUCAAUGUUAAUCAGUUGUCAGUGCCCGGAUUGUUUCUAGCAGUGUUGUGGUGUGCAAUGCAGCUUGUAGUUAUCGUUAUGUAUUUUGAUCUUUCUUCGGUUCAGGAGUUUACAGUGUCAGACGAGGCAUCAACAGCAGACAAUGUCAACAUUUCAAAAAGUGCCCAGGAUGGAUCCGGAUUUGGCUCCCGAUUUAAUGAUAUAUGUAGCAAUGAUUCAGAUUCUGACGUUAUGCCACUCUUGAGCACUAAAUCAUCAAAGUACCAAACUAUAGCUACUUGCACAGAUGGAGAGUCAACAAGUCAGCAUCACUCAAUCCGGAGAAGACUGACUAGCAUAGCAGAUGAGUAUCUUCGUGAGGAGAUUGCAUUGCUGUUGGGCAUUAUCUUUAUCAUUUACUUCAAUCAGUUGGUGCUUGAAAGUGUCAUUGUUCCAUUCUCUAUGAAGUAUUUCGGAUGGAGUACUGUUGAUAACAGCUAUUUCUACUGUGGAUCGGCUGGUUUGGCAAUGUCUGCAUAUGUAACUAUCCAGAGAGUUAGCAAACGAGUGCCUGAUCGUUGGAUCAUGGUUAUUGGUCUCGUGUUUGGAGUUUCUGGUGUGUGUUUGCUCACUGUAUUCACUCCACAAAUGACACCUUUACAUGAUAUUACUAGAAAUACUAUCAUUGUUAUGUUUGCUUCUGCUUUCUUAACCUUCGGCUUUCCAUGUGCUUUGACUACUUCCAUAUCACUGAUCUCUAAAAUGACGUCAAUGAAAAUGCAAGGAGUGACUCAGUCAAUUCGACGUAAUGUCUCAAAUUUUGGAAUCAUAAUGGGACCUUUGUGGUCCUCAGCCUUUUUUGGGAUGCUAAACAUCAUGUGUGGAGUUAUGCUCGGCUUGCAGAUAAUGAUACUUGCAAUGGUAAUUCUUUCAUUUAGGAAAUUGAAAUUGAAAUAAAAGUCAUUUCUAAAGCAGAACAAAGAUGAAUAGUAAGAAAUUAUAAAAGGUAUUAUAUAACGUUUAUAAUUGGCAUAUCAAAUAGCUCAUUGAAUCCUCAAAAUGUAUUUAAUUCAACCACAUGACUGCCUGUUUGUUAAUUGUUAGGAGGACUGCUAUAUGAACAGUUUUUCUCGCAUUAACAAAUUCACUAAACUUUAUUUGAAAUUGCCACACAAUUGGUGAAGACUGUCAGGAUUAGCAAAAGAUCAGUUCUAUUAUUCAUUGACAAUAAAGGAUUUAUUUCAAAUUGCUAAGGCAACAACCUUCGACUUUUAGUGUACUACAUAUCCAGCAACAAAACAUGCCCGUACAUUCACUUUUAAUUUAUUAUAUUAAUUAAUUAAGUCUGUCUCUCUGUCUGCCUAUCUGUCUGUCUAUCUGCAUGUUUGUUUGUUUGUCUCUCUGUUUGUCUAUGUGUCUGUCUGUCUAUCUGUUUGUCCGUUAUCUUUCCCUUCGUCUUUCUGUCUCUCCGUCUGUCCUUCCGUCUAUCUGCCUGUCUGUUCUGUCUGUCUGUGUUUUCUCUCUGUCUUGUCUGUUUGUCUGUCUGUCUGCCUGCAAUACAUUCAGUGCUUCACAUAUUGGAAUAGUUGAACUUGUUUAUGAAGCACUUUCUUUUAAUUAUUGAAAUAUCAUGUAUUCUAGUGUGUAGAGAUGCUGUAUCCUAAUAUUAUAAAACGAUAUAAACUAUUGUUGCUGAGUGGUCUGCUUGCAUGCCAAAUGGAGCUGGAUAUUCAUCAGCAAACAGACCCAAGAAACAGAUACCUACAAACUGAUGGAAGACCAGACAUUACAUUCUACAACAUUGAUUCUGGUGUCACCUAUGAAUGUGAUGUUUCUUUAAAUGGCUCACCCUUGGAGGAAAGACAUAGUGAACGGAGCUGCAAAGGCAUGCAGACAUGCAUGCAGAGACAAACGGGAAUCAGAAAAAUGUUACAAAUAUUCAAAGGAGAUCUUGCCAUAUGGAUCUAGCCCUGAAAUUGUUUCGCUAGUUUUUUAGCAUUUCGGCACAUGCGGAUCACAAGCGGAAAACUUACUGCAUGAUAUGGAAAGAAAGGCAGGGCUCAUUGAAGGAAGACGAGUAGAUGCAGAGUUUAUGCCAUAUUGGCGACGACGUUUUUCUGUGACUCUCCAAAAAUGCAAUGGUAAAGUUGUCUUGAGAAAAGUGUGUAAGUUGUCACAAACAGACUAAUGGAGGAUAAUGUAGUUAGCAGAGAUAGAUACAUUCUGUGCUUGUUUAUGAAGCACUUUCUUUUAAUUAUUGAAAAGUUAUGUAUUCUAGUGUGUAGAGAUGAUGUAUCCUAAUAAAAUUACCUGCCU